AUGGAGAGAUUUCUGCAACUGGCCAAUAGGUCCACUGAUCAGGAUUUUAUCCUGCUGGGUUUGUCUGCCAGGAAAGACAUCUGGGUUGGUCUGUUUGUUAUCUUUCUGACCCUCUACCUGCUGAUCCUCUUAGAGAAUAUGUUAGUUUUGUACCUCAUCAUCAGCCACCGUGAGUUGUUCCACAAGCCCAUGUACUUUUUCCUGGGCAACCUCAGCUGCCUGGAGAUGUGCUAUGUGUCAGUCACCAUGCCCAGCCUGCUCAUGGGCCUGAGAUCCAGCCCUUGCCGAGUAUCUUAUUCAUCCUGCAUGGCCCAGUUGUUUUUAUUCAUCUCUCUCAUUGGUACCAAGUGCACCCUCCUAGCCUCCAUGGCCUAUGACCGCUACGUAGCCAUUUGCUGUCCACUGCAUUACCCAGUGCUCAUGAGGCCCCAGGUAUGCUGGGGAUUGGCCUUGUCCUCCUGGAUGGGUGGACUGUUGGCCUCUGUGGUCAAGACCACAUGCAUCGCAAGCCUGUCCUACUGUGGCCCCAAUGUCCUCAACCACUUCUUCUGUGAUAUCUCUCCACUGCUUAACCUGUCUUGCACCCACGUGGCUCUCACAGAGCUGGUAGACUUUAUCUCAGCCAUUGUCAUCUUCUGUGGAUCAUUACUAGUUUCUCUGGCCUCAUAUGUGGCCAUUGGUAGGGUACUGAUCCAAAUGCCUUCAGCUGCUGCGAGCCACAAAGCACUCUCUACAUGUGCCUCCCAUUUCCUUGUAAUGGGCAUUUUCUACUCUGUGAUCUUGUUUACGUAUUCCAGGCCCAGCCAUAUCAAAUCCACAGACCUCAACAAGGUACUGUCAGUCAUCUACACAGUGGCUACGCCCAUGUGCAGCCCAAUCAUCUAUUGCUUGAGGAAUAGGGAGGUCCAUGCAGUGCUGAAAAAGACCCUCCAUUUAUACUGA